UUACCUUAUACCUUAAGCAGAUGCCCAGUUUGCGUUUGACCACGAUCAAAGAAACAUCAUUACUCAUUACUCAUUAAGUCACUUUAUAAUUAUUAUUAAUUUUCAUUAUUUACUUUAUUACAUACGUUUAUAUUUACACGUUUUAUUAUCAUGUCUACCUGUCCCAAGUGUAACAAACCUGUUUAUUUUGCUGAACGUAAAACUUCGCUGGGAAAAGAUUGGCACGGAUCAUGCCUACGCUGCGAAAAGUGUAACAAAACUCUGGUACCUGGAGGACAUUCUGAGCAUGAAGGAAAACCUUAUUGCAACCAUCCUUGUUAUUCAGCUCUUUUUGGACCAGGGGGUUUCGGACGCGGCGGAGCGGAAAGUUAUGUCUACAAUAAGUAAAACUAUACUCCAAUAUUAAAGUCUCGAGUUUAUAAAUUGAGAUAUUUAUUAAUCUUAACGUUGGAAUUAUGAUAAGUUAUAUGUAUAAAAAUAUUUCAUAGUUUUUCAUAUUUGAAAUACAAUAAAUUCUAUUACUUAAAAAUAUAUAA